AGUCAGGAAGUGGCGAGAAUGGCUGCCGAACAGCAGGUUGUGAGUUUACGCGAAGAACUAAUUUGUCCCGUCUGCCUGGAUAUCUUCACCGAUCCGGUGUCCCUGCAGUGCGGGCACAACUUCUGCCGCUCCUGUAUCACACAGUGCUGGGAAAGAGACGGGAGAACCUCCUGCCCGGAAUGUAGAGCGGAAUUUGCAGACCGCACCCUCAUUGUGAAUUGGGCCUUGUCAAGUCUGGCUGAGAAAACUCAAACAUUAAACCUGAAUCAGAAAGUGAAGGAAAGUAAACUUCAGUGCGAGAAACAUCAGGAAGAACUGAAGCUGUUUUGUGAAACUGACAAGAAACUGAUCUGUGUGAUCUGUCGAGACGCGCGGGAACACAGAGAUCACCGCUUCAUACCGAUAGAAGAAGCUGUUGAAAACUACAAGGCUCAGAUGAAAUCUUCCAUGGAAUCCCUCACGAAAAAAAAUUCAGAGAUACAGGAAAUGGAACAAUUGCAGAAAACAAAGAUUUCUGGAGUUAGGGAACAGUCCCACAGUCUGCAGUCCCACAUCACAUCACACUUCAAUAAAAAACGACAGAUUCUCGCUGAGGAAGAGCAGCGUUUACUCAAAGAUCUCGGGGAAGCAGAGAUAAAUUAA